CGUUCUGGAACGGGCAGGGUGGCGCGCGUACGUGCGCGUGCAUGUGUCUUUGUGCGGCGGCGAGAAAUAACACACAAUAACGAUGGCGGACGAGAAGCCCAAGGAGGGAGUGAAGACUGAGAACAACGACCACAUCAACCUGAAGGUGGCGGGACAGGACGGGUCUGUGGUUCAGUUCAAAAUAAAAAGGCAUACGCCACUCAGCAAACUCAUGAAGGCCUACUGUGAGAGACAGGGACUAACGAUGAGGCAAAUCCGAUUCCGGUUCGAUGGACAGCCCAUAAAUGAGACAGACACACCUGCACAGUUGGAAAUGGAGGAUGAAGACACAAUUGACGUUUUCCAGCAACAGACAGGAGGUUUCAUCUAAGCGCGCCAACUUUUACCACCCCCACUCCCUUUCUCCUUCUCUUCCUCCCUCCCUCCUUCCCCCUCUUCCUCUUGCUCACUGCCUUCCUCCCUCCCUCCCUCCCUUUCCCCCUUCCAUCUUGCUUUCUCUCUGCUAUAUUAUCUUUCUUCCCUCACAGUUAUU